UCGGCGCCUGAAGGCCGGGAGGAGCGCGGCGCGGGGCCCUCCAGACACAAAGAGCGGCUGCAGGACGCUGGUGGAAGAAGAGCGCCCGCCCGCCCCCUUGGCCUGUACGCGCGCAGGCGGAACCGGAGACGCCCCCACGCCCAGCCUGCGAUGGGAUGGACGAAGAGGAAGAGAGCCACUAUGUCUCGCAGCUCAGGGAUGUCUACAGCAGCUGUGACACCACGGGGACAGGCUUCUUGGACCGGGAGGAGCUGACCCAACUCUGCCUGAAGCUUCAUCUGGAAAAGCAGCUGCCUGUCCUUCUGCAAACACUUCUCGGAAACGACCACUUUGCCAGGGUUAACUUUGAGGAAUUUAAGGACGGUUUCGUGGCCGUCUUGUCAUCACAGGCUGGUGUCGGCUCCUCAGAUGAAGACAGCGGGUCUUUGGAGCCAGGUGCCCCCCGGGCCGUCCCCCCAAAGUACGUGAGCGGCUCUAAGUGGUAUGGCCGUCGGAGCUGGCCCGAGCCCUGUGACGCUGCAGGUGGAGCCCCGUGUUUACCGGAGCAGCCUGCCAGGCCCAGUGUGAGAAGCCAGCUCCGACGCUCUGCGUCUCUGGAAAGUGUGGAGAGUCUCAAGUCCGAUGAAGAAGCUGAAAGUGCGAAGGACCCUCAGAAUGAGUUGUUUGAAGCAAAAGGCCAGCUGCCAACCUGGGGUUCUGAGGUCUUCGGGAGCCUCCGGAAGCCCUGCAGCUCCUCCUUCGACACCCCCGAGAGCCGGGUCCGAGGCCUCUGGGAAGAGCUGGGUGUGGGCAGCAGCGGCCACCUCACCGAACAGGAGCUGGCCCUGCUCUGCCAGAGCGUCGGGCUCCAGGGCCUGGAGAAGGAGGAACUUGAAGACCUGUUCAACAAGCUGGACCAAGACGGCGACGGCAGAGUGAGUCUAGAGGAAUUCCAGCUUGGCCUGUUCAAUCAUGGAUCCCCUCAACUUCUGGAAUCUUCCACACUUGUCAAACCGAGCGGGUCCUGGUCUCAUUACCAGGUCCCAGAGGAGGGUGGUGGCCAGACCACCACGUCAUCCCUUGUGUCCGUGAGCUCGGGCCCGCGCCUCUUGUGCAGCGUGGACGACGGCGCCGGCUUCGCCUUCCCGGAGCAGAUCGUCACCCUAUGGGCCCAGGAGGGGGUGCACAACGGCAGGGAGGUCUUGCAGAGCCUCGACUUCAGUGUGGACGAGAAGGUGAACCUUCUGGAGCUGGCCUGGGCCCUUGAGAACGAGCUCAUGAUGGUGGGCGGUGCCACUCAGCAGGCAGCCUUGGCCUGCUACCGCCAGGAGCUGAGCUUCCGCCAACGGGCUUGCUGGGCCCAGAGCGGUGUCCCCUUUGACCCCGCCUCCUUCACGCAGGGGGCAGGUGGAGCAGAUGGCCAGGGAGCGAGACAAGGCGAGGCAGGACCUGGAGAAGGCAGAGCAGAGGCACCUGGAGUUUGUGAAGGAGACGGACGACCUCCACUCUGCCCUGGAGCAGCUCGCAGAGGAGAAGGUCAGGGUGGACAAACGAGUCCCAGACGCUGUGGCCGAGUGCUCAGGCGAGAGACCCGGGGGAGGGAGAGGCCCAGGUGGCGCCCCUCAGGAGCCCGACGAACCACGUGCCAUGUGCCUUGCAGACGCCUGGAGCAGGGGUACAGGGAGAGGCUGAGUCUCCUGCGGUCCGAGGUGGAGGUGGAGCGCGAGCUGUUCUGGGAGCAGGCCCGGCGGCAGAGGGCUGCGCUGGAGGAGGACCUGCAGCGCCUUCGGGCCGAGGAGGCCAGCCUCCGCCAGAAGCUGAGCCUGGCCCUGAAGGAAAACAGUCGACUGCAGAAGGAGAUGAUUGAAGUCGUGGAGAAGCUCGCAGAGUCGGAGAAGCUGGUCCUGAAGCUGCAGAAUGAUCUGGAGUUUGUGUUGAAGGACAAGGUCCCGGCCCUCAUUUUCCUGCCUGCAUCUGGCUUUCAGCUCGAGCCACAGAGCACGGAGCUCCUGACCCAGGAGGAGCGGUUCUCAGAAGUCCUGAAGGAGUACAAGCUCAAGUGCCGGGACCUGCAGGACUGCAACGACGAGCUGCAGGCCGCACUGGAAGGCCUGCGGGCACAGCUGCCCCCGAGUCGGCACGGCCAGCUGCCCCCGGGACACGGCCCGGCAGGCAUUGUCACGUUUGUGGGUGAUUCCGUCCCAGUGAGUCUAGAGACGGAGAUAAUGUUGGAGCAGGUGAAGGAACGUUACAAAGACCUCGAGAUCCAGCUGGAGACCAAGGUGAAUUACUAUGAAAGGGAGAUGGAGGUGAUGAAAAGGGCCUUUGCGGAGGAGAGAAAGGAGCUGGAGCGGGCCUUCAAGCUCGAGGUUGGCGUGCUGCAGGGUCAGAAGGCCGAGCUGGCGACGCUGCACCAGGAGUCGCAGGAGGCUGUCCGAGGCCUGCGGGACCGGCUGCAGCGGGCCGUGGAGCUGGAGCGGGGCCACGCGCGGCAGCUGGCCCAGGAGAGGGACCAGCUGGAGGAGGCGCUGCAGCGGGUCAGGAUCAAGUUGGAUAGGCUCUCUGAAGAAAACACGUUUUUGAAAAAUGAGCUGACGAGGAUCCAGCAAGAGCUUGAAGCUGCAGGAAGGACAGAGGCUGCACAGAGGAAGGAAGUUGAGUUUUUAAAGAGAGAGAAGGAAAAGGCCUGCUCUGAGAUGGAAGAGCUCUGCACACAGAGUCAGAAAUGCAAGGAUGAAUUGUCCCAGCUCAACCACAGGGUCCUGCAGCUGGGAGAGGAGGCCUCCACCCACCAGGCCCAGAGCAAGAAGAAUCACAUCACUGUUCAGCUGCUGACACAGAGACUGGAGGAGGCGGCAUGCCGGGAGGAGCUGCAGGAUAACCAAAUCCAAAAACUUGAACUUGAACUUGAACACGUGACUCAGGAACGUCAGAGCCUGAGACUGGCACAGUCACAGCUGAGAGAGGCCCUUGAAGAGAGUCGGGACCAGCUGUACGGGGCCACCACGAGGCUGAAGCUGGCCCAGUCCCAGCACGCCCACGCGGUCCAGCAGCUGCAGAAGCAGAUGGAGCAGCUGGUGCCUCGGGGCCGCGUGGCUGAGCUGCAGCAGCUGCUGGAAGGGGAGCGGCAGGCGGCUCGGCAGCUCCAGGUGGAGGAACGGGAAGCACAUGAAAAACAGCUGAAAGCCGCAGAAGAGCGGGUGGAGGAGGUGGAAAUGAUUUUGAAGAACGUGGAAGCGCUCCUCCAAGAGAAAGUGCGUGAGCUGAAAGAGCAGUUUGAAAAGAAUACACGAUCCGAUUUGCUGCUCAAGGAGCUCUAUGUGGAAAAUGCUCACCUAACGAAAGCGCUUCAGGUCACUGAAGAGAAGCAACGAGGUGCUGAGAAAAAAUCCCGAUUCUUGGAAGAAAGAGUUAGAGCUCUCAACAAACUACUCAGUAAGAUCGCUUCAGCAUCUCUCUCUGUGUAGACUGCUUUUCUUCCUGGAGUUCAUUUUCAAAGAACAUCUUUUAAAAGUAAACCACUGUGAUGCUGUAACUUCUAUGGCUCAUUGGCCGCACACCCCUGGACAGAUGAGGAUUAUGACUCUCUGUUCGCCCCACAAGCAUUUAAUGAAGGUCGACUAUGUGCCAGAUGCUGGGGAAACAGACAUGUUGGAAAAGACUAUAUAUUUUUUUAGUGGUCCCUACGUAAAAUUCCUAAAUUUGCUGCUUACUAGUGGAACAGGUUAUGGGGGCUCUCAGCAAGGUAAAUGGUAAAAUAGUUUUAAUGUUUGACUUCUGACCUUGGCUACAGAGACUAAAAUGCAAAGUCAGGGCUCUGCAGUUCUGCCAUUUCACUGUUGCUGCUCUGGUUGAGUCACUGGCAUUCUCCAUAGUGGGUGGAUACAGACACUCCAGAAAUGCUUCACUUUCUGUGACUGUCAACUGGCGAUGAGGGGUAGAGGAGGGGAAGCCCCUUUGUUGGGGUCAGCUCCACUGCAGGGAUGGUUGGACAGUGCUUGUUAUUUUAGGGCUGUGGACUCAGGGAGGAUGGUUUCUAUUGUGAAUGCAAUCUUUUCCUCAUUGAAGUGUCAUCACACUGGAAAGUAUAUUAUAUGUAAAAAAAAAAAAAAAAGUAUAGUUUUAUAUCCAAAAUAUACAUAAAUUAUGGCCAUUUGGUUUAUCAGAGUAAACUACUGUAAUAUGAAGAGUCACUGUAUUUGCAAUAAAAGUUCUUUUCUAUUAAAA